GUGGGCGUCAUCGGAGGACUCGUCUAGUGCAACUAGAGAGAGAGUGAACGACGUGGACCGUGCGGAGCAGAACGGAGGAUGAAGCGAACAACUUUCCUGCUGGUGUUUGGACUCAUACUGAGCUUCUGUCAGGCUCAGUCGGAGACAGGAGCUGAGGAGGCAGCGGGGGAGGAGGAGCAGCAUGUGGAGCUCUUCACCACACCGGUGACAAAGAUGGGUGCUGCAACCUCAGACUUUGGCUACAACCUGUUCCGUGUCCUAGCGAGCCGUGAAGCUGCGACCAACAUCUUCCUGGCCCCCAUCAGCGCGUCUGCGGUGCUGACGCAGCUGUCCAUGGGAGGAUCUGAGCGUGCUGAGAGGCAGCUGUUCAGGGCCCUGAGGUACCACACCCUGCAGGACCCUCAGCUGCACAACACCCUGAAGGACCUGCUGCUCUCAGUCAAGACCCCUGGAAAAGGCCUGAGCAUGGCUGCACGCAUCUACCUGGCUCGACGGCUUCGUGUGACGCAAGACUUCUUCACGCUGGUGGAGGGGCAGUAUGGAGUUCGUCCUAAGGCGCUGCUGGGAGGAGCCCGAGACAUGAAGGACAUCAAUGACUGGGUGACGCAGGAGACAGGUGGGAAGGUGCAGCGCUUCCUGACCAAGCCUCUUCCCCGGAACCCAGGAGUGAAUGCUGUGAGCGCCGCCUACUUUAAAGGGAAAUGGGUGACUCGGUUCGGUGAGAGCAGGGUGCUGCAGAACUUUCAGGUGGAUGGCGGGGCCUCAAUUAGAAUUCCCAUGAUGCAACAGGACAGCUACCCUGUAAAGAUGGGAGCGGACUCAGACCUGAGCUGCACGAUCGCUCAGAUCGCAAUGCAGGACGAUGUCAGCAUGUUCAUCUUCCUGCCUGAUGAAGUGACCUCAAACAUGACCCUGCUGGAGGAGAGUCUGACCGCCGAGUUUGUUCAGGACCUUUCUUUGACGCUCCUUCCUGCCCAGGUGUUCCUCAGUCUGCCCGCCCUGAGGCUCAGCUACUCCACAGACCUGUUGCCGCUGCUUGGUGACCUGGGUCUCGCUGAAUGGCUAGAGGACCAGGACCUGGAGAAGAUCUCAGCUCAGCCCACCAAGCUCAGCAGUGUCAAUCACAAGGUUGUCAUGGAGACGGCACCUGAGGGGAAUCAGUACCCCAGCGUUGCUGCGACUCCCAGCCACCUGUCAUACCGAGUGGACCACCCAUUCCUCUACCUGAUCCGGGAUGAAGCAUCGGGGGCACUGCUAUUCAUUGGCAGAGUGGUCAACCCCAAGGACCUGACAAUAUAACACACACACACACACACACACACACACACACACACACACUCCUUUUUUCAUCACUUACCGGGUCCAUUAAAAUACUUACAUUUGCUUCCAGGAGACUUCACCUAGCCUUAACAAAAGCCGACACGUGCCCUAAUGUUACAACCCAUUGUUUUUGUAUAAUUCAACAAACUGUGUAUGAAAAUAGUAAGUCAUGUACUUUGGGAUGCACAAGUAUAGAAAAAUAAGCCCCUCCACACACUGACUCUUAGCAGGUCCUAGGAGGGAUGUCAGGUGUUCGCGUUUGUAGUAGCGAAUGUUUGCAAGGACAUUGGGUUUAAUCUUACUUUUCAUGUUGAAACACGUCGGUGUGCUCAUGUUAACCUGACAGAAUACUCACUGACAGUACUUGGAGCUCAGCAUUUUUAAAGAAAUCAAAUAUUGUCAUUUGUGUUACAAGAAAUAAACACGACAAUGAAACCAAACGUGUCUCAUAU